AUGAUCGCCCUGCCUGUGCGAGUGUCACUGCACCUCACAUUGAGCCCGACUCUCUAUCGCCGAACCCCAGCUCAUCGCUCCUCAUCGCCAUGCCAAAGCGUGCUAUCGGCGAUCUGGUGGAGAGGUGGGGUGGGGUGUCGCCAAGACGCUGGAUGGGUAGCGGAGGGCGCCGCACCGAUCGCACCGAUCAGGCGUAUCAGACCUACCCAGAAGUACCCGGCAGCUCAGGAGUCAGGAGAGCUGCACCGCUCUGUCGCACAGAGGUACAGUGGUGUCGCGCAUUAUCUUGCGUCGAAGCGCCCGCGGUCCGCGCUGCUUACUUGCCUUAUGCGUGACUCCUCCCUUCUACCCCCUGGCAAUAUGGGAACGAGGCGCGCCCAGAUCCGCCCUUGCGUGCGAUCUGCCCUGCUUGCCUGCUUCGUCGUACCUGCGCUCGGAUCUCCGUCUCGCGUACCUCACCUUCCAUCAACCACACCCCCUUCCCUCUCCACUCGCGGUCUACCGGAAUCUACCCCGGCCGACGGAGCAGACUACAUUUCAGACUCAGCUUUCCUGCUCUAG